AUGUUGUCUCUGCGUUACUCUUCGGGACGCAAGCCCAAGAGGAAUUUUUCCUCGUUUUCCGCUCCUUCUGCGUCCUUCGCGCGCAGCCUGACUCCGUCGCAGCCUCCUGGCCUCGCUGCAAUCGCCGCCGACAGGGUUUAUUCCUCUGAGCUCACUGACGGUGGGAAGCGAAACAGAACGUCGAGCGGCGACGAGCUGAAGCUGCGGCGCGCGCAGAGUGAAGAGACGAGAUGCGCCCAGACUCGUGAGCGAUCUCCAACGUCCACCGCUGAAGCCGGCCGCGAGCCGCACGCCGAGGGAGAAAAGCAAGCGCGAAAGAAGAACAAGAAAAGACGCGAGAGAGGGGUUGCGGCCGCUGAUCAGGCUCCAUCCAGCAGCGCAAAGAGGGCGAGUGAAAAGCCUCAAGUCCUUUCGCGCUCGUCGGCGGAUGAAGGGAGGCGGAAGAAGAAAAAGAAGAAGCAGCCCGGGGCUGGCGUGACCCGCCCGCAGGGCUCUACGGACGCUGGUGAACAGCUUGCCGCUGCUUCCAAUUUUGUUCCUGCUCCUCACGUGUCGCUUUCGCGUGCAGCGGGUGCCUCCGCCGAGCAUCAUGUCGCCGCGGCUGGGAUGUCAAAGCAGGCGAGACGACGCCAAAGAAAGCGAGACGCCCAAGACAGGGAGGUUAACCGUGGGCAGACAGAGGCAUUGGCGGCAGGUGGAUUCGAGGCCGACUGCGCAGAUUCUUGCGCGUCGAGUCGAGGCGACGACCUGGCGCGAAGCAAGAAGAAGAGACACCGGCAGAAGGCGGCGAAGCAGGAAGACGGCGCACAGGAAGAGCCGAAAAAACAAAAACGGAGCGACCCUUCCAACAGAAGGAGCGACGCGACGGCGGUGGAGCGCGAGACUCGCGGCGGCGGGUCGUUGCUCGAGCGGCACAGAGAGGCGCUACAAACGCAGAAAAACACGCUGCUUCAAAAACUCCAAGGCAGUCGAUUCCGCUCCCUGAACCAGUGUCUGUACACCUCAACCGGCCAGCAGGCGCUCGCGGCGUUCACCAAAGAUCCUUCGCUUUUCCACGCGUACCACGAAGGCUACCGCGUGCAAGUCGCGCAGUGGCCCUCCAACCCCCUCGAUUACAUCAAGACGUGGGUUCGAACCCUACCGCCGUCGUGGAGGAUCGCGGAUCUCGGGUGCGGCGAGGCGGAGCUCUCGCGCGUCUUCCCCGAAAGGAAUAUUCUCUCCUUCGAUCUUGUCGCCGCCCGGCCUGAAGUCAUAGCCUGCAAUGUCGCACAUCUUCCGUUGGAGGCGGCGACUCUCCACGCGGCGGUCUUUUGCCUGAGUCUCAUGGGACGUGAUUGGCCCUCCUUCGUGCAAGAGGCGCACCGCGUCUUGAGGCCUGGAGGGAUUCUGAAGAUCGCGGAGGUCCUCUCGCGUGUGCAGGACGUCUCGGCGUUUAUCCGGGGUGUAGAGGGCCUGGGCUUCUUGCUCGCGGCGCCCACGGAGAAUAUCAAGUCGUUUUUCAUUCUCUUGGAGUUUCGCAAGGGCGGGCCUGGCCAGGAGAGGCGGAAGGGCGGUGGAGACAGUGCAGGCGCGAAAAAGGCUACGCAGCGCGAGGAGGCGAAGGGAAGAGGAGUGAAGGGCCAGAAGCAUCCGAACGAAGGCAAGCGAGGCGCAGACUCACGGGAGGUUCAGGGAAAGAAGAACGAGACAGGGGCAGCCGCGGCGAAGCUCGAAGCGUCGCUGUUGCGGCCCUGCAUUUACAAACGCCGAUAG